UCCAUUGGGUGGCAGUGCAACCUCGUUAAACAGAACUCUUGGAUAAGCCCGGCCCCUCACGAAUAUAACGAUUUGUGGCUUGGUAAGGAGGAAAGUGUUUCUUAAAUCAGAGUUGAUUUCACUGCAGUAUAUUGAAGGAAACGUAUGGAUUUUGGGCAUACGCAAAUCCUCCUGCGGCGUCGGCGACUCUGUUCUGGAUAUAGCAUCACUUCAAGCCUUGUUUUGACCGUUGGACCUGGUAGACAAAGAAGGAAAAUGGAGUAUUGGUCGUUUGUCUUGCGCUUUUCUUUUUUGGUGUGCUGCAGCACGGAACACGUUUCAGCUCAAAUCAAAUAUUCCAUCGCAGAGGAGGUAAAAACUGGUUCCGUUGUUGGAAAUGUUGCACUAGAUUUAGGACUUGAAAUCGGCGUGCUUAAGGACAGACGGUUUAGAAUAGUUUCAGGAUCGAAUGACGCUCUCUUUGAUAUCAACCAGGACAAUGGGGUCCUGUACGUUCAUAAGCAUGUCGACAGAGAGGAGCUUUGUAGUAGAAAUGCUGUUUGUUCGAUCAACCUAAAAAUCAUGGUUGAGAACCCUUUGGAAAUACAUUACGUUGGUGUCGAUAUUACGGAUAUAAAUGAUAAUGCGCCCAAAUUUCAAGAGGAUGAUAAACUACUGGAAAUAUCUGAGUCCACCGCCCCCGGUAAGCGUUUCCAGCUGCCAACGGCUCGUGAUCCGGACGCUGGCUCAAACACCGUGCACGCAUAUAAACUAACCCAGAACGAACAUUUUAAUUUGCAAAUACGAGAAAGAGGAGACGACAAGAUACCGUUUUUGGUUUUGCAAAAGGCUCUAGAUAGGGAAAAACAGUCCAUGCACACAUUGAUUCUCACCGCUAUUGAUGGCGGGGUUCGUCCCAAAUCAGGAACGCUGAACGUCACAAUCACAGUGCUUGAUUCAAAUGACAACCCUCCCGUAUUCAGCCAAGAGGUGUACACCGCAACGAUAUCGGAAAAUGUUGAGUAUGGAACCAUUGUUUUAAAGGUGAAUGCAACCGACGAAGACGAGGGGGCAAAUGGAGAUGUACAAUACUUUUUUGGAAGUGAACUUGACUCCCAGAUGUAUGACACAUUUGAAUUGAACACAUUAACGGGAGAAAUUCGUAUAACUGGUCAUGUUGAUUUUGAGAAUGCCGAAGUGUAUAAAUUAGACGUCCAUGCCUCGGAUAAAGGACAACCACCAAUGAGUACGGACUGCAGGGUUAUCAUCAAAGUACUGGAUGUUAACGACAACAAACCUGAUAUAGAGGUCACAUCCCUGUCAAGCGUAGUCUCAGAGGGUUCAAAACCAGGGGCAGUCGUUUCUUUGAUCAGUAUUACCGAUAAAGACGCAGGAAAUAACGGCAGAGUUGUAUGCAGUCUAUCAGAAAAUGUGCCAUUUGAGUUAAAGCCCUCAUUUCAAGAUAAUAUGUAUUCGUUAGUAACAAAACAGCGGCUGGAUAGAGAAUCCGUCUCGGAAUAUGACAUCACAAUAACAGCGACUGACUCUGGCGAACCCGCCCUGUCCACGUUCAAAACUUUACACAUUCAGGUGUCGGAUGUAAAUGAUAAUAGUCCGGAAUUCCCACACGAUCCAGUGGAUGUUUACCUGUUUGAAAACAAUGUCGCCGGCGCUUCGAUUUUCUUCGUUAGUGCUUUCGAUAAGGAUUUAAAUGAAAAUGCUGCAUUAUCUUAUAAUUUGGUUAGAGGAGAACGGAAACUGGAAGAUUUAUCGUCCUUCUUGAAUGUUAAUUCGGAAAAUGGUCACAUUUCUGCGCUCAAAAGUUUUGACUUCGAGAAGUUGAAAACAUUUCAGUUCCAAGUUCUCGCUGCGGAUUCUGGGACGCCAUCACUCAGUAGCCAAGUUACGGUGAACGUAUUUCUUCUGGACCAUAAUGACAACCCUCCGGUUAUCUUACAUCCGGUCAGCUCUAACGGUUCUGCUGAGGGAGUAGAGGAGGUUCCUCGCAAUGUUCCUGCAGGCCACCUGGUGACUAAAGUGAGAGCCUACGAUGCUGAUAUAGGAUACAACGGCUGGCUGUUAUUCUCACUACAGGAAGUGAGUGACCACAGUCUCUUUGGUCUGGAUCGCUAUACUGGACGGAUAAGAACAAUGCGCUCAUUCACAGAGACAGACGAGGCUCAACAUAAACUGGUCAUACUGGUCAAAGACAAUGGGAACGUGUCACUCUCAGCAACAGCUACUGUGAUUGUCAAGCUCGUGGAGCCCAAAGAGGCCAUUUCAGCUUCUGAUGUGAAAAGUGUUUCAAAUAAUGAUAAUGACACCAAUGUGACUUUGUAUUUGAUGAUAACUUUAGGAACAGUUUCAACUCUUUUUAUCUUCAGCAUCAUUGUGCUGAUUGCAAUGCAGUGCUCUAAAACCACGGAUGUAUCCUCCAAGUAUUUACCAGAAACAAACUAUGACGGAACUCUGUGUCACAGCAUCCAGUACAGAUCUGGAGAGAAACGCUACAUGUUAGUUGGACCCAGAAUGAGUAUAGGAUCUACUAUAGUCCCGGGGAGCAAUGGGAACACUCUGGUGGUCCCUGACAGGAGGAGCACAUCUGUAGAGGUAAGAAAUGUUUAA